AUGUCUUACCUCAAAGACCUAGAGGGACUUGACCUCUCAGCUCCAUGCAACCACGAGACCUUUUUGAACGACACGCUCAAUGGUGAUCUUGCCGGGGCCGGUGCGACCUUCAAUACCACUCGUGCCUCCAGUCCCUCCAAAAACAAAGACGAAUCAUGGAUCGACGCCCGCAAUAUGCCAUGUACGGCCCACACUCCGAAUUCUCACGACGCCAGCCCCGUCAGUCCUCGGCGACAGCUAUAUGCUACUUCUCGACCGAGUCCCGCUGAACACGUGGAGAUCCACAGCUCAAGUACCAACCUUACCGUAGCUAUCAGUGGCAGCAACUUCCGUGUGAUUGCGGAGAAUGGCCGUCUCAUUAUUGAGCCUCUGCGAAAAAACCUGAGUGAAAAAUAUGACGUGGCCUCCAGCGCAAGGCUUCGAUAUGAACAGAGAGAACUGCUACGGUAUCAGCAUGUCAAGGAGCUAAACCCGGCGAGCCGCCUCAGACUGACCAAGCAGAAUCUUCUGCGCACGACCGUGCCUCGCUUUGGCCAGAAAGGUCUCUUGUGGAAGCUGGUGUGUCCUUUCGCAUAUGACGGGUUACAGAGAUUCGAUUCAUACCUUGUUCCACAAUUGCGCACCAUCAACAUUCGACCUCGGAAGUAUGAAAGUGGCUGGAUGAUACCCGAGACACUGAUCAUCGGCAGCACCCUACCAGUACUCACGAACGCGACGUCCAAGGUGGUCAAGGUUCUACAUGAGCUCAACGACAGUGCCGAGUUCCCGGGCCUAAAGGCUGAUUCAAUAAGUGCAACCGCCUGGUUCCCACAGUCCAAGGAACACAUCGAGAAGAACUGUCAGUUGUUCUGUACCGGCGAAGUACGUGUCAUGGUUUGCACACUCGACCACGCCGCCGAUCUGAUAGCAUUGGGAGUCGGGCAGGUAUGGUGGCUCAAUCUCAAAGCACAAGAGGAACUUUGGUCCAAGAUCGAGUCCUUUCUGAGUGAAGUGGAAGAUUGGGACGGCUUACUUCCAGAGUCUGUGGAGAUCACUGUCUGCUUGGGGCGGGAAGACAAGACGGAGGCCUCGAAGAUUCUCUCUUGGCUCCGCGAUAAGAUGCCCAAGCAUUACAUCAGAGGUAUGAAUGAAGUAGAGGAGCAAUUCCCAUCAUCGAUUCCCCUCUGA